AUGACUUCAAAUCCCAAGGAGCAGCUUGAUAUAUCACCAGCACCGCAAGCCAGUCCUGCACCUCAGCCAGAUGGUGGCUACGGCUGGAUCUGCACUUUGUGUGUCGCUCUUAUCAAUGCACAUACUUGGGGCAUCAACUCCUCCUACGGCGUGUUUCUUGCGCAUUACCUCUCGACGGAAACGUUCCCCGGAGCAACGUACUUGCAAUACGCUUUCGUGGGCGGGCUUUCUAUCUCGUGUGCCAUGCUUGUGUCGCCAUUGGCUACGCUCUCGACUCGCUACUAUGGGACUCAUGUUACCUUGUCCUUUGGUAUAGCAUUUGAGACAGCAGGCUUAAUUGGAGCAUCCUUUGCGUCUAAAAUAUGGCACUUGUUCCUCAGUCAAGGAGUCGCCUUUGGUAUCGGCAUGGGCUUCCUCUUCGUUGGGUCAGUCGGCAUUCCACCACAGUGGUUUACUACUAAGAGAUCACUCGCAAACGGUCUUAGUGCUUCUGGUUCCGGGUUUGGCGGUCUGGUCUACUCUCUGGCGGCUGGAGCCAUGAUUAAAUCUAUUGGAAUGGCUUGGUGUUUCCGCGCCCUAGGCCUUGUGGCCUUUGGAGUUAACGUGAUCUGCACGACCUUGAUUCGGGAUCGUAACAAGAUCAUUGGAUCGCGGCAGAAGGCCUUGGACUUGAAACUGUUUAAACGUCCAGAAUAUCUUCUACUUAAUGGUUACGGUUUCUUCUCGAUGCUCGGCUAUAUUGGACUGGUCUUCUCGCUGGCUGACUAUGGGAAGAGUAUCGGAUUGAGUGCCUCGCAGGCAUCUGUAAUCUCCGCUAUCUUGAACUUAGGCCAGGGACUUGGGAGGCCUCCCACUGGAUACUUUUCCGACAACGUCGGGCGAAUCAACAUGGCUGGUUUGACAACCUUCUUUUGCGCUUUGUUGAGCUUCGUUGUCUGGAUCUUCGCGAAAACCUAUGCCGUACUGGUGUUCUACGCCCUGAUCGGUGGAACUGUAGCAGGUGCGUUCUGGGCGACCAUUGGUCCAGUCGCUGUUGAGGUUGUCGGCCUCCAGGAUCUUCCAUCCGCACUCAACCUUGAGUGGCUGAUUAUUGUGCUUCCUUGUACAUUUAGCGAACCAAUAGCUCUUGAGCUGGUUCGAGGUACAGGAGGCUAUCUUGGUGCACAGAUCUUCAUUGGUUGCAUGUAUGCUGCUGCUGCUCUGUGUGUACUGCUCCUGCGAGGGUGGAAAGUGGGUGAGUUAAAGGAGAUCUCAAGGCUGAAGAGCGAAAAUUUGGAUGACACGAUCAAUGUGGACAUCAGUCUAGGAUCCACCAACGAAGCGGCUAGAGUAGCGGGGAGACAAACGAUUUGGAAAUAUGCUUGGGAAUGGCGGAAGGUGUAG